CUUUAUGCGAAGCCAAUAAAAUAGCCGGAUCAUUUAAUAAAUUACAUCACUUCCAGUUUAGAUCCCACUUAGAAUAGAUCUGCGAACCACAAGAUGGGUCUCCCAGUCCAAACGAUCAUUUUCGUACUUCUAGCUGCAGCAAGCACUCUGGCAGCGGAUGAGGCAAACAGUGUUGAACAGGACCACUCGAAUGGUUUCGGAUACGAAAUCAUACAAACCAAGCUGGAAAUGCUAGAAUUUCGAUUUUCGGAGCUAUUCGUUCAACUGAAGGAGCAAGGAGAAACCUUCCUGAACAAUCAACGUCGCGUGGAAGACGAACAGCGCCAUCUGAACCAGAUCGUUGAUCGCUACGAGCGCAAAAUCAGCAACCUAAUUGUCGAUCUGGAGGAUUCCGUUGGGAUCAAUGUCUCCCGCAUAAGCGACCAGUCGCGGCAGAUACUGGAACUGCAGACCAUCUGUUCCAAUCACGAUUCCAUUCGUAGUCAGCUGUUCGAGAUGCAUCCGAAGAAUACCAGUGCUAGGUCCGAACAAUUGGCAUCAGUCAAAUUGACCGAUCCAGAAGCGUGCGCAGAAAAUAGUGAUCAAAUGUCCGGACUGUGUCGAAUGCAAAUUGGCUCGGAAGACGUGAUGGUCUAUCGGGAGCAAGUUCGUUUUGGAGGAAAUUGGAUUGUUGUCCUGCAGCAGAUGGUUCGGAGGCAUUCAAUAGAAGCUGGGCUGAGUAUCGCGAUGGGUUCGGAGCGGUAG